AAAUGAUUAGGUGUUCCGUCUAAUUCCCACCUCACCCAACCACCUUAGACAAAAAAGCGUACGAUAGAACCAAACCGUCUUCCAUGUCUCCACAGUCCACCUUAGCUUAGGCUGAUCACCGCCGAAAACGAAAGCUGAUAAAAAAGAAAAUAAACUAAGUUUGUCCGUCGAAUAACAAAAGCAAAUCGCAAAUUGGUGGCGCAAGCUUGUGACUCGAGGUUUCUUCGAUUCUCGGAUCUGAGAUUAAAGCAGUAGAUAAAAGAGGAAGCGUGCAAUGGUGGAAUGAAGAGAGUCAGAGGAACAUGGCGAGAGGGAAGUGGCUUUUUUCCUACAAGAAAACCACUCUCUUAGUUUGCUUCUUCAACAUUGCCGUUGCUCUCUUCGUUCUUCGCUCUCUUUAUGCCUCUCUUUAUAUCUACUCCGGUAGCGUUUCCCGCGACGUUGUGUUGUAUAACCCAGAUCAGCUUCGGAAAAUGGAAGAAUCAAUUCAAAUCCGUAGGGAACUUAAACCCGUGGAGUUAAUUAAGUGGGUGAAGGCUUUUGAAGGGGGGUUUUCGAGUGAAACUGUGGCGGUUGAGUUGCCCCGGCAUUUGAAACAGAACAUAAUUGAUGAGAUCUUGCAGAGACUAAGGAGCUUGAAUUCCAGUGGCACAGAUAUUGCUAAGGAACGAGAAGUAGUUGACAGUUGGCGCAAGGAAAAACUGGAAAAGGUCAAAUUGGCUCUCGUGAAGGGGACUUCCAACGCAACCAUCCCCCAUGAAGAAGCUGGUAAGCUAGUGAGAGCUUUGGAGUCUGAUUGGGCUGUGCUUUGUGAAGAGAUUGGCCUCUGGAUACCUGCUCAAGUUGUUAAUGUAGAACAUGAUGACAAACCUGAGGGUGCAGAGGAGCUCGAGGAGGAGGAGGUUCUUCCUGGCAGGCCCCUUUCACCUGAGUGCCAUCCUGAACUUCACACAGAUUAUGAUGGUGCUGCAGUAAAAUGGGGUCUUACCCACCACAAAGAGAGUGCUGCUGAUUGCUGUCAGGCUUGCUUAGACCAUGCGAAACGUGCCAAAGAAGGUGAAAAGAAAUGCAAUAUUUGGGUUUAUUGCCCAUCUGAGUUUGGAUGUCAUUCUCCAGAUAUCUACCAGCACAAACAUCAGGAAUGUUGGCUGAAAUAUGCUGAGAAACCUCGACUAAAUUUUAAGGAUAAGUAUCCUGAAUCAUAUCGAAACUCGCAUCCUUCCGCACCAGUGAUCGUUCCAUGGGUUUCUGGAGUUAUUAGUUGAUGAGUCAAAUAACUAAACACCAAAGGUAACGUGAUCAACCAGAGAUAUCUUGUAGAUUACAAGAGCGCAAAGCUAGCUCAGCAAAAGCCUUUGCAUGCUCGUGGAUUAUAGCAAUGUUCUUCAACAUGUUUUUUUUUUGUGUAAAAGAAAUGAUUGGGAGGCAAAGAAUUUUCCCAAUGGUCAUUUAGGGACUUGGUUUUGGUCAAAAUGCGAUUUUUGACAGACUCACCUCAGUGCCAAGGAAUUUCCACCAAGGUCGGGUCUAACACUGAGGAAAGGUGACUUUUAACUGAUGAGGAAGUUGUUUUGUUGUAAAAGCUAUCCGAUAACAUAAUUCAUUGUAUUUGUGGGACUUAGAAUCCUACUCAUAGUAUCAUUCUUGUUCGUAAUGUUGAAGAUGAUCAUCAAUCUCUGUCCGUUUCCUUC